CUUUCUUCUUCUUUUUUAGGUUGCUGCAGCUUCUUCUUCAAGAUAGAGAUUGCUUCUUCUUUUGUUUUUCUUUCUGGGUUUGCGUGUUUGUUGCUUGCUUUCACUUUUCCGGCUCCAGAAGGACGUUGGGCGCGGAUUCUUCAUCUUGAAAAGAAAAAAAAAAGACUUUCAAUGGAGGUAUACGGCAAAACCAUGGCUGCUGAACCUGCAAAUGUUAUUUAUAUGUCUACUAUUCUGGGCCGUGAUGGUCCUAUUACUGUUCACAAAUGCGAUUGGAAAUGUCAAAAUGAACAUGUUUUUGGCAAUAUGUAUCGCUGCAAACUAACAGGGAUCACACACAUCUGUGACAAGAACUGUGACCAGAGAAUUUUGUAUGAUAACCAUAGUUCCCUUUGCCGGGCGAGCCGCCAGGUCUUUCCCCUCACUCAAGCCGAGGAACAGGCUGUCAGAGGUGUCCGGAGGAAGCUCAAUGCCGACAUUUCCCUGCCCUCCGAUAGCUGCGGUUUCAAGCGCAGACGUGAUGCACAGUUCCAUCUGUCUCCUUUCGAGAGAUCUUUCUCCGCUGUGAGUCGGAUCUGCAGCCAAGUUGGAGACGGGAUGGAUACGAGCUAGAUUAGAUUAGAGUUUACAUUACAUAUCUAGUAUCCUAUUAUUAACCUUAAAGACUCCUAUAUUUUGUUCCCCUUUAAGUGUUCCAUUUAAACUUAUUCAGAUGGAUAUAACGGAUAAUUGACUUUGAUGUUGGUGGACGGUACUGGCCUGUAGGGAAAAAGAACACUUUUAUUUGUUACUUUGCCUAAUGCUAUUUAAUUCCUCUUAGCUUCGUUGUGAAA